UUAGAGUGAAAAUGUUUCGAUUACUCUUUGUGUUGGCUCUUGCCUUUUUAUUGAGUUCCUUCGCAAAUUCACAGAACAAAUCUGCGAACCAGAGUCAUGGAACAGCAACAAAAUCAAACUGCUGUGCUUCACAAGCUGGAUACUGUAAAGAUGGAAAAGACGGAAAAGAUGGACAAAACGGAAAAGAUGGACGCGAUGGAAUAAACGGACGAGAUGGACGCGAUGGGACAUUUGGAGCAAAGGGAGAGAAAGGUGAACCAGGCAUGCAUGGUGUGAAUGUAAAUGCUAGCAUCAAGGGCGAGAAAGGAUCUAUGGGACAGAAAGGAUCACGAGGACAAAAGGGACAGAAAGGAUUGCCGGGAACAUGUGAUGACCUGAGCUCCUCGUCAUCCUCCGGGAAAAGGUGUUGUAAGAAAGAAUGUUCCACUGGUUUCCACUUCUUUGAGAAAGUUCAAGACUUACCAAGCAGAGGAGCUACAGCUGUUCAACAUUUUAUCAUUAACGGAAGUCUGUUCCUCACCAUUGGGAACAAUCGUGGAGAUAUUCAAAACCACAAGACAAGCUCCGUGGUUUACAAGAUGGAUGAACCGACUGAAAAGUUCACAUUGUACCAGACCCUACAAACUAGAGGUGCACAUGGCGUUGAGUACUUUUCUAUCGCUGACAAACAUUUCCUUGCUGUGGCUAAUUAUUGGGAUGGUACGUACCAACUUGACUCUGUAGUCUUCCAGUGGAACGGACGGCGGUUUGUGGUGUUUCAGAAAUUACCAACAAAAGGAGCUGCACACUUCAAGUUCUUCACAUCAAACAGAGAAAAAUAUCUCACAGUGGCAAAUCGUCAAGACGAAAGUACCUACUCAACAGAGUCAGUCAUCUACAAAUGGAAUGGCUUUAAGUUCAACAAGUUCCAAGAGAUAGCAACUGAAGGUGCCAUGGGAUGUACGGCAUUUGGAAUAAACAAUGUCACUUUCAUCGCUUUCGCCAACUAUUACAACUCUCAACAGAAGUAUUCUGUUCAGUCCACUGUCUUUAAGUGGUCAGGAGGACACUUUGUCAAACUGCAGUCUCUUCAAACUUAUGGUGCAUAUGACGUUAAGUCUGUUAAUAUCAAUGGUCACACAUUCCUCGCUUUUGCUUGCUACUACUCUGGAAGUUCCUACAACACUGACUCGUUUGUUUAUAAAUGGGAUGGUACCAAGUUCGUUCUUUUCCAAUCCAUUCCUACUCGUGGAGCCCUCGCUUGGCAUCCUUUCGUGAUCAGCAGUCAUACCUACCUGGGUGUGGCCAAUUUCCAAAGCGGCAGCCAGAAAAAAAACAUUCAGUCAGCUGUGUACCAGGCCUCUGGAUCACAGUUCGUCAAGUAUCAAGAGAUUUCCACCCAUGGAGCUCGUGAUAUGACAUCAUUUGAAUACAAAGGUCACACUUAUCUGGCAGUAGUAAACUACUACAAUCAGAAGUACAACAUAAACAGCGCUUUGUACAAGUGGGUGUAGAAAUAGGGACAAAAGACGAAAAGCGUAAUGACCAAGAGUCUUAGCUGCUUAUGCAUUGGUGUAGUGAUAGUAUUUGUUCAAUAAUCGAAGAAAAAGGUUUAGAUUUAUGGAUUGAUUGUCAAAAUUGGUUCUUUGAUAAAUGAGUGUUUAUCCGCCUCUUUAAAAGUAAAAGUAGCAAUAAAGCUGUGCAUUGAACAUUAUA